AUUCGAAUGUCGAACCGCUUUACGGCGAAGACUCGGGUAUGCCUUUAGCGCCUGGCGCUCUCUUUGGGCGCUCUGCAUAAGCUGUGCAGUUCAGCGCUUACUGGGGUAUAUAGGCAGCUGCAGCACGGUGAUUCGAGAGCCGCCAGAGUGAGAGUCCUGAGCAAGCCUCCAUCUCGUUUUGCACGCCUGGAACCAACAUGCCAGAAGUCAAUGCGCCUUUUGGAUCUUGGACGACCGAUAUCGAGCUCAAGUCUUUGGAGCCUGGUAUCAUGCAAGCGCUCAUGCUAGGGGUAACGCGCACAGUCAAGUCGCUCAAAACCGACGACGGAGCAUAUGCGCUCAAAUAUUGGUACGACCCUGUGCCUCAAGAAGACGUUCUCCGCCAGAUGCAGAUAUGCAUACAGGCUGAGGACUGUGCCGUCCCCAUCGUGGGCCGUGUGUUCGACGACGGCGCGAUGGUGGGGUACGUGAUGCCCCUAGAGACUCCCCUCGACCCCGCCUCCAUCGCUACAAAGGACGAGCGCCUUGCCAUUAUACACGAGCUUUGCGACCUUGUCGAGCGUCUUCAUCAGAAAGAUAUCGUCCACGGUGACCUGAAGUGCCAGAACUUGGUUCGUUGCGCGAAUGGUUUUCUCCGCUUCAUAGACUUUGACUGUGCAUCGCGCGUCGGCGAUGGAUACGUGGCCACUCAGGCGACCGCGGAGUUUAUCUCUCAGAGGCGGAUGCUCCGACAUGGGUUCAAUCCAGAGCCGCUUACUCUCGCCGAGGAUUACCAUGCGCUUGCCUUGACCAUUUUUGAGCUUUACACCGGCCAAGACAAUUUCUACAGAUUUGGUCCCCUAUCCGCAGAGGACUACGAAGAGUGGUCGUCCGUCUGCUGUGAUGCAGUUGUCGUGGGCAUGCCGCCUGAUGUCAGUCGCAUCGACGACGCCGACAUCGCCCAGCUCAUCAUGAGCUACUUCAAUCGAGCCCCUCCGCGUAUACUCACCUCUUCGAGGUCUGUCACCAUCUGCGCGCAGCACGAGCUGCCCUAUCGUUGUCUUCCUGGACAACGCCACACAUAUACCCGUCUCGUUCGCUGCCAUAUGUGCGAACGCCAUGGGCAUCCUGUUUGUCCUAACCUAUUUGUCGCGCCUCCAGCGGCGGAAGCGGGCGAAGGGAGUCCUACAUGUCGAAGGUGCCUCCCUUAUGUCAUGCAUAUUGAUCUUGAAUGAGCGUUCAUACUUACGAUCGCAUUUGUGGCAACGGUGGAUAAAUGCCGCUGAUCGAGGACUUCGCGGGCCUAACGGCCGCUGGCACGAGGGGGAAGGAUAAGAAUGUACAUUCAUGACAAUAA